AUGGGUCCAUGCAUUUCUCAACAUCCAGUCUCAACAGAAAUUGAUAAACGAGGAAGUAUGUGCUUUGAAGAAGGUUAACUUCAAGAAAAGGUUAAGCCUGAAGAGGUUUAAGCAGAAGCAAUGCCAUUAUCAUCAUAUGAUGAAUAAAAUGUGAUCAAAAUUUAAUCAGGUUUUAGAGGAAUGAAAGCAAGAAAGGAGGCUGAGCAAGAAAAAGAGUAAAUGGAAAAUACAAAACCAAAAAAUGAAAAAAUCAAGCCUUAUAAUGGAACUGUAGAAUCCUGCAACGAAUUAGUAAAAGAGAAGUUAUUUUUGUAUGGAGAAUACAAUUACAAUACGAGAUAUGAUGAAAAAUUCUAAAAAUCUAGGUCUUUAACACCAUAUCUAUUAGAAGAUGGUUCAAUUUAUGAAGGAUAAUGGAUGAAUGGUGUGAGGGAAGGCAGAGGAAAACUAAUUUAUUCUGAUGGUUCUAUUUAUGAAGGUUACUUUUUCUAAGACUAUUAACAUCUUCAUGGGAGAUUAAUUAUGGCAUCUGGGGAAUUUUAUUAAGGUGAUUUUUAGAAUGGCAAUAUAGAAGGCAAUGGAAUCUAUAAAUACGCUGAUGGCACAAAAUACGAAGGCGAGUUCAAAAAUAAUAGACAAAAUGGUUUUGGCAAAGAAACAUGGCCUGAUGGAACAAAGUAUGAAGGAAGCUAUGAUAAUGGAGUCAAAUAUGGAACAGGCCGAUUUUAAUGGACAGAUGGGUCUAUUUAUGAAGGGAGUAUAGUAAAUGAUUAAAUGGAAGGAUAUGGAACCUUUACAUGGGCUGAUAAGAGGAGAUAUAAUGGUAAUUGGAGGAAUAGUAUGAUGAAUGGUUAAGGGGAAUUAUUUUAUCCUGAUGGUAGAUAUUACAAAGGUUAAUUUCAAAAUGACCUUAGAAAUGGGGAUGGGACAUUCUUUUAUAGUGAUGGAACAAGCUAUUUUGGAGCAUGGUAAAAUGAUAAAUAACACGGGAAAGGAAUUAGAAAAUAGAAAGGUGGUUAGGAUGAAGAGUAAGAAUGGAAUAAUGGAACUAGAGUAAUUUGA